CAAAACGCAAAAAGUAGCUAAAAGAGGCAGAGUGUCCACGCUGUCUGCGUCUUCUCGUCUAUUUGACAUCACACCCCCGUCGUAUCCCAACCCUCCGAGGCUUUUUUUUUAAAUACGUUUUUGGCGCGCAUCUGGUAAAUUGCUUUCUCGUGCUUUGUUAUGCUUGUCCCUGAAGAUGAACAGGACAGUGCCAAAGGACGAAAAACAAGGACGACCAUAGCACUGGAAGUUCUUUUUUUUAUUGCUUACCUUGCCAUUAGCGCUUACUUAACAGAAGGACAGGCUUCUGCGCGUAGAUAAUAUCCGUUAGGAACGCGUGCUUCUAUUGGGAAACUGGGCUCGAAGAUAAAGCAGCGGCGGCCAGCUGGAAAGUCUCUGAUGAAUUGCUGCAUGAAUGCAGAAACCGACAAUAAGGAUUGGACAACCGUUUGCCAGAAUAUUUCAUUCACACCUCAGACGAGAUAUUGGAAUUUCAAUUCGCAUACUCGCCAUCUUGUCAGCAUUUCCCACGACGCCGCGUUGUUAAAACGCCCUCCCCUACACCUUACCAAGUCGUGUGUGUGUCGUCCGCUGUAAUCGAGGGUCGGUGCAGCUUGCCACCACCUGGCUUGUGCAAGUAUGCCGCCGAACGCCUUGCUUGACUUGUCUAGGGGAGGUGGGAGCGCGUCGAUAGAGGCCUCACGGCGAGCGCCUUCGCUACCCUCUGACUCGGCAAGAAAGAGCCAUGACGCUCGUUCUUCACUGGGGUCGAAAGCGUCAUCCGCAGAUGGGCGGAAGGGCGGAGUGAAGGGUUUCCUGGGAGCAUUCAAGUUAUUUGGAAAGAGGAGUAAAAGUAUGUCGGAAAUGAAGAAAGAGCUGGCUCGGCCAAUAUCGCCGGAAGCACUUAUCACAUCCACCACCCCUGUUAAUCCCGUGCGGCCUAAAACUCCUUCGUCUACUGAGCGGGCUAGAAACCCGAGUUCUACCAGCACGCCUCAAUCCCGACUCAAACCCGCAAAGUCGGAGCCAAUUCUGAAUUACCUCAGUACCCCACCACCCAGUCUCCCCUCUACCACCUCGGGGUCUUCAGCAUCGACUGCGCUUACUCCUACAUCCUGUCUGUCGAGAUCAUCAUCUUCGCACCGAUCGACUGCGAUUAUCCGCCUUGUAGAUGUCGAUUCAGACGGGACGCUCUUUCUUCGGCGUGAAGGACUCGAACAUUUACGGAGAAUCGAGGCGGAUGUCUUUGUAAUCGCUGCAAUUGGUGGGAGUGGCAUUGGGAAGUCGAGCGUGCUAAACCGAAUUGCGAAAAGCCGAAAGCGCUUUCCUGUAGCGGAAGAAAAGAACCCGAGAAAGCCGUCACAACAGGGAAUAUCGUUUAUGACUGUGGACCCAUGGUGGGAGACGGAUGCGCAGGGCAACCACAAUCGGAGAGAUAUGAACUCAAGUGGAAUGCCCCAAGUCAUGCCAAAGAAAGUGCUCCUCCUUGAUACGCCUGGAUUGGAAGGGACCGACACAGUCCUUGACCGGGAACUCAACCUUCUUGCCCUAGUGAUGCUCAUCGCAUCAUCGGUGCUGGUUGUUGGGAGAGAGAGGUUCGAUGAUGCAGCGCUGCGCACACUUAGAGCAUUUGGCGAACUUCCGAAACUCAUCGACCCUUCGACUUGCCUGGACGUACUUUCAUUGUGCCUCCCAAAGCUGGUUUGGGUCCUUCUAGACGCCGACACAAAAACGUCAGACGACGACGCUAACUUCCUCGAUGCCAUGCUCCACCCACCAAACCAGCUUAAGACCAAUGAGACGACUGAGAUGGUUCGGGCAGUACUCACAAAACUGUUUCCAUACCAGUCACUCUACAGCAUCCCAUCCCCAUCUCCUAAGGAGGAAUUGCCCCCUGUCGAUGAGUCCGCGGAUAAUCCACCGAGACGGCCAAAAUCCAACGCAUACCGGCGACGUAUGGAGCGGAUGAUUAGUGCCCUUGGAAGGACAACCGACGUCAAGAAAGCCUGGGCGUUACGAGGGGAUAUGAUGGCGCUUCCUCUGAAAGGCAAAGCCGUGGCUAACCUGCUGGUUCUUUGCUGCGACGUGUUAAAUAAGAGUGAGCCCCUGGAUCUGACAUCCUUAUGGCAAGAGACGUAUGACCGAAGAUGGAAAAUGGUACAGCAGACAGCGAGAUCUAAAUAUGAAGACCUAAUGGCAGCGGUAGCAGUACCGGACAUGCCUAUGGAUUUAGCAGCUCUCCGCAAACGGCAUGACGAAUGUGCCCGAAAGUCUACUCUUGCUGUUCGGGACAGCUUGGAUGUGGACACUAGAGGAAAACUUUGGAGAAGACGGGAAGAGGAACUUUUGGCAUCAAUGGGUCAAAUGGACGAGCGUGGUAAAGUGCAUCCCAUUGAUGCGUUUCUUGCCACCUUUGUUAUCAAAAACUACGAAAUGGCUAUUGCUCGUUGUCGGUCUCUAUUGGCCAAGGGACAAGACGAAAUUACGAAUAAGAUUGCCGAUGGCUACUACGAGGAUGUUUCGCACUUUGACGAUAAUGUGAACCGCCUCGUCGCGCACUUCCAUCGCACCUGUCGCACACCCGCGCUGCUUUCCGGAACGACCAUCACCUCCCUUCUAGAAUCUUUCCAUGCUAAAAUCACAUCACAACGCACGCAUCUGUUACAGCAUUUUCAAGAACGAGCACAGCACGCCGCCGAGCGUGCGGCAAGGCAUAAUAUCAUACGCGCUGAACGUGAACGCAAGGAAAGACAAUGGAAGGUUAUGAAAGCGGCGGAGGACCUGCGAUGUCUUCAGGAGGCUGUUGGACACGUUCGAGUACGGGCAGUGGCCGAGGAAGCACGAUUGAAAGAAGAGGAGCGCGAGGCAAGAAGAAGGUUGAUGGAGGCGAUUUCCGUCUCAGAAGCCUCUGGUAUUGCGACGGUUGGUGUGUCGGGGCCUCCCCCAGAUUCAAGCGGAAUGAUUGCAGGAAUGAUAGGAGGAAUGGUAGGAGUGCCACCACGGAGUAAAACACCUCAAGGUCGCCGUCGAUCCAGAAGUGGGUGGAACCCAAAAGAAAUGUUGACCGACGAGACGGGAUGGCAAGGGGUUGGCAACAGUAAAUUGCGAUCUACGUCGGCAGGCCGCUUGGGAAGUUCCAAAAGCGACAAUGGAGAUUGGUACGGCGGCGGCGGGUUAGUAGCUUAUUACCAGCAGCAAAUACCUCCCGUUCCGCCAUUGCCUACGAUGCCUAUGGUUCACCCGGGACCACCAAGCGGGACUCACUACAUGGGAGCACGUCCUGGACAUACACGAACGAGAUCUGGUCCGGCGCCAGCUUUUCCUCCGGGUGGAUAUGGUACAAAUAAUGGACAUACCGGCUUUGGAGGAUACAGUGACGGUUAUAUUGGUUAUGGAGGUUAUCGUUGAGGUUUGAUGGGCUGUUGUACGUAUAGAUGAUUCAAGAAUGGGGGGUUCACGAUACAUAGAGGCUCUGGAUAUAAGGGAGUACAUUCCCAUUUAUUUUUACUAAUGCACAUGUCAUAUAAUGUUGGGAAUAGAAUGUCUGUAUGUACAUUAAAUCCUUUUUU